GUAAUACCCGAGGGCCCCAGAUUUUCUAGCACUGCCUCUCGACAGACAGUUUUCGGCCCUACUUUGCGACAUACAGUCCAGUCGCUUCUGGACAAUCAUAUUCAAUGGCUGUCAUGCCAAGUGCGACAUGGCAGCAACAUGCGCUCAGUACUCGACCCGCUCGGCUGAUCACCAGAUCUCAGAGGGCAUUGACUAUCAAGGCCAGCACAGGCAGGCGGUACAACUCAGACAAAGUCCCUCCGUCUACGAUAUCCUCACGUCACUUCUACCAAAAUGAGGCACUCAUGAGAUUUGCGGCUCGGCCAGCUCAACCGGUCUCGUUAAAACAAUUUGCGUUCUACGGCCGGGAACUGACCCCAGAAAAGAUAUUGCAUUCGGCCAACUUCGUGCGGCAGGAGCUUCCUACUCGAAUGGCACACCGGAUACACGAUAUGCAGCGACUGCCAUAUUCAAUCAUCAGAAAUCCCCACAUGUCGCACGUCUACGAGCUCUACUACCAUUCGUUCAACGCCAUCCGGAAGUUCCCAAUAAUCCGCUCUCUGGACGACAACAACCGAUUCUGCGAUUUGGUCAAGGAUUUGCUGCUUCGACAUACGGGCGUCAUUCCGCAUGUUGUUAUGGGGAUCAUUGAAUCAGCAGAGCUUAUGGAGCCGGCAAAACUAGACCGCUUCGCGCAGUCCUUGCUCUCGAGUCGAAUUUCUCGACGAGUACUGACCGAGCAACAUCUGACAAUGACAAACUCGCUUCUGGCGGGAAAUGUCACAAACACUGGCGCAAAUAUUGGCCAGGUAUUUUUACAAAUAGACGCGGCGGACGCGGUCAGACAGUGCGCAGAUCUGGCAGGAAGGCUUGUUUCUGCCGAGCAUUCGCACGGGAAGAUUCCUGAGCUUGUUUUCGAGGGGGAUGUCGAUACGAAGUUUGCAUUCAUAGAGAGUCAUCUGAAGUACUUGCUGGGAGAGAUUUUGCGCAACACAUUUGAGGCAGCUGCGACCAAGACCGAAGGCUCUGGAGAACGGCCAGAGCCGUUGCUUGUCACCAUCUGCGAUACUCCUCAGCACGUCGUUUUCCGGUUUUCGGAUCAGGCAGGUGGUCUGCCUCCAGACAUCAUCCCAUACCUAUGGAGCUUCGCCAAGGGACCUCGUAGUUUAUCUCGGCAUAGAAGAUUAGAGCAGCUCCCUUCGUUUGACGCGGUAGUGGAAGAAAUCGAGGCGAGGUCAGAUGCAUCUCACAAGAGGCUCAGCAGUCUCUCAAGUCUAACGUCCCGUCCACCGGGGAUGUUUCUCGGGAUGGGAUUGCCAAUGAGCAAGGUCUAUGCCGAGUUUUGGGGCGGGAAGAUAGCAGUCAAGUCCAUGGACGGGUUUGGAUGUGAUGUUUAUUUGCAUAUCUCAAAGCUGGGAAUCGAGAGUCAGUUUGUUGAGCAUACUAGCAUAUAGUCGGUGUAUUCCUAUAUUUGUCUUUUCUUGGUUUGUACAGUUUCUACCGGGAGACCCAAUGAAUAAUUGAAUGCUUUUGGACUGAUGCUAUCUUCUACGAUUGACUGGCU